AUGAGAGUUUGUGUGAUAGGUGCUGGAGUUAGUGGAUUGCCUUCAAUUAAAGCUUGUCUUGAACAAAACCUAGAGGUUGAUUGUUAUGAAAAAACUUCGAGUAUUGGGGGACUUUGGAAUUAUAGACCAAAUGAGGAUAAUGUUGGGGCUAAUGUUAUGGCAUCAACUGUUGUAAGAUUUAAUUUUUAUAGUCAACACUCUCUAUAUUCCGAAGUUGAGGAAGAGUUUGUAGUAGGGUGUUGGUAUAUAGAGAUUAACAACAUACUGGAUUAUCUUUCUGAAAGAUACCCAUAG